UUUUAAACACAUCUUCACACAACUUCUGUGCGUUAUACUUUAGUCCAGUUCUGACAAACCUGGAUACAGUGGUCUCUGAUCUGGACCCGGUCUGAGCCAGAAAGAAAGGGGAAACUGCUCUUUUUCUGUUUUCUCAAACAGAAUAAACACUUGAUGGCGUCUACACGUUAAUCAGCUGUCAGACUGACCCCCUCUGCAUGGGCCCAUAAACAUGUCCACAGAUGACACUAUCUCUGAGGAUGUGUCCAGCUUGGGGCCUCUGAGCCAUUGCCAUGUCGGGGAUGGGGGUAAGGAGAGUGAGACGUCUUUGGUGUCCUCCGAGGCGACAUCAGCCUCGGGGCUGGCUGUCUCAGAAGGCAGACACACAACCUCCCAAACAACAGGAGGCACUGUGGAGAGCAGGCACGUGGACAUCACACCAGCAUGCAACAAGAUCAGGAGUCUGUGUCUAAGCACAGAUGAAGCAUUUGAACAAGGGAAGAACCUCCCAUUCAUCAACCCAAGCUCCCUUGAGACCCUCAGGGCCUUGGUGCAGGAGAUCCAGAGCAGUGGAGGGACAGACCCAGAGAUCUGGAAAGACUGUGAGGGCCGAUGGCUGCAUCUGUUUCAGCUGGUUGAGAAGCAAUACCAAGAGCAAAUCCUCGCUCAGCAAGAACAAUACCAGUGCCAAAUACAGUUGAUUCAGGAUGAGAUUAAGGCCCUGGUUCAUCUCCAGAAUCGCCAGACUGGCAUCCAGCCACACACAGAGUUCUCUCCAAUGUCUGUGACCAAAACUACCAAUAACACAUCCCCCCUCAUCUCCAGUGGCUGCACAGUCAACAAACAUGUGCCCAGUGACAAUGACAGCCUGGCGGCCCCAGCUCAUACCCCUUUUAGUUCUCCUUCACCUCCGCUCCUCAGAUUAGAGGCCAACCAGGGGGAGGAGCAGGCGACUACAGUGCUCAGCAGCGGCUACGGGACUCUGUCUGCUUGGGAAACAGGUCUGGAACCUGCCGGGUCUCUGAGGGAAGAUGAGGAAGGUGGUAAAGAGAGGGGGAAGCAUCACUGGUUCUCUAACAUCCAGGAAGACACAGAUACAGUUGCGAUUGGGUGCCAGCAGGAUUUUGCCAGUGAGAGGAAUCUUGGAGAGGAGGAAGAAAACCCAUUCAUCUACCAGCAGAAAACCUCUGGCACCGGCCAGCUUUUGACCUCUUGGGCCCAGAGGCAGAAACUCAAGCCCAAGAAGAGCAAAGGACCAGUUUCAUCACAAACCCUUGAGUACCAGGAGCAGCCACACAGUCCCAGGGAAUCCCACAGACAGAGCCCCCCAGAGAGCACAGACUCCCAGGACCAGCAUCGACCAGCUGGGCCGUCGUCCAGCUCCUUUCCCCUGAGGAGGACUGACAGUCUGAUGUCUGAGGCAUCAGGCCUCACGUAUUGGCGGCUGAAUGAGAGUGACCUGUACCAUUCCCUACCGGACAGCUUUGACAGAGGCGCUUACCACCUUCUGCAAGAGGCUUCCAUGAGUCUUACUCCGUCUCAGGAGCCUCAGCUGUCUCUCAGAGAGAUCUAUCAGAACCGGCAAAGAACAGAAUGGGAAGGCUCUGCUAUGUCCAGCCCUUCAUCACCACAGGUGUUGACCUUGGACCCAGCAGCGAACACACAGCAGUCAGAUCGUACCUCUGGCUUCACUUCACCCUCUCACUUCAGCAGCCCCUCGUUGGUCACUCAGCCCCUCCUCCACCAAAGAGUCGAGACCCCUGUAACCCCUGACAGCAUGGUGGAGUGCAGUCCCAACCCUGGAGAUACAGACUGUAUCUCUGACACCUCCAGUGUCUCAGCUGCCGGGCCUUCCCCCUCCAAGGUGCAAAGCACAUGGGGAAACACAUCCCAGGCAGUCCUGUCUACCUCCCAGGAUAGGACCCAGGCGUCCCACACAACCAACCAGCAGCAUAGAGCCAGUGCCCCCUUAGCCAGUGAAGAGGAGGGCAGUCAUACCCACACCAGCACCCUGAAGCCAUCUCCAGGCUCUGGUGCCACUCUGCGGCAUGCAGUCAGCCCACACGUGGAUAGAGCUUCAUCACUAGAGGAUCCUGUUGUCCUCUCUCUACUAAGGCAGAACCUGAGAGAGAAAUACUCUCGACACGUGGCUGAUCUGAAAGCAUAUUACGAGUCUGAGAUCCAGAUCCUGCGAGACAGACUCAAACUCAGAGAUCUGCCUCAGGAUUUAGAAAAGAGCAACCAGGCCCUCACAGAGAGGUGCAAACAUCUAGAAGAAGCUCUAGUUGAGGCCACCAGACGCAUUCAAGAACUGGAGGCAACAAACCGCUCGCUGGGGGAAAAACUGGCAGACUGGCCGGAGCGGUACGCUGUAGCGGGCGCUACUGUGAAGUCCAUGCAGCAGCGACUAGAAGAAAGCAAACGCUCGGCCAAAGAGAAAGAUGCCCUGUCAGCUCGUUUGAAGAGCCACAUACGGCAGCUGGAGGACGCUGCACAGAGAGCCUGCAGGGAGGCGGAUGAGAAAGAGGCCAGGAGGGAGAGAGAGCACAAGAUGCUGCAGGAUCUGCUCAGAGAAUAUGACUCUUUGGUGAAGGAGCACGAGGGAGUGAAGAACAACCUUGUGUCCACAGAGAACAAGCUGGUUGAGGCCAGUGAUCAGAUAUCUGAGCUGAAGAGGGUCAUCUCCAAGCUGGAGUCUCAGGUGAAGCAGCUGGAGCACGAGAACCAGGCCAGGGCCCGUUACGCUUCUCACAAUAACACACAACCUUCUGGGGUUGGUUUCUUCCACCAUCCUGACCUGCUGCUGUCACCCAGUAAAUGCCAGACGGAGCCAAACGUCACCUGUAGGAAACCCCCUGCUCUUCUAUCUCAGCAGUUCCACAGCGGCAGAAAAUCACCAUUCCCUCCAGCUAACCAAGCAAGUAUCCACAAGAAGUCACCGUCAUCAGGAAGUGGAAGCUCUGUAGACACGGGCUCAGCUGGUGGCAGCUGGAGAUGUGCGUCUCCUCCAGAGUGUGAGCAGUCUCUGGCUCAGACCAGACGCCCGGCGGAGAAAGAGACCGGGUGGAGGGAGGGAUCCUGUGCCCUGACGCCCAUGAUGAGAGCGCUGAUCGAGCUGGAGGAGACCCGAGCCACAGAGAGCCGGGCCCCCUGGGUUGGUAGUCAGAGGACCACAGUGGGUUUUGUGGAGAUGAGACACAAAAAGCCGAUUCAGGAGCGAGUCAGGCUCCAGGCGGACAGGGAGGUGGUUUCACCUGGAGGAGUCGAGGCCGGAAACGAGCGAGGAGUGGGAACAAAGAGCCACAGAGGAGCUGGAAGUGCUGCAGCUCUGCUGAGGGCUCAGAGGAGUCUGUCUCCAGAGGGUCACAGGUCCGCCUCACUGCCUCCUCCAGCACAUCGAAACAUACCCACAGCCACACCCAGUAUGUACUCCCAGGCCUGCACACUCACCCCGCCUCAAACAAAGAGAGAAACUUUACUCACACCCCUGUCCGCCAAGUCCAGCCCUAAACGCUGCCCCACUGAGAACUACUCCACCGCCUUCGGGCACAUGAUGCCGAGAGAGGAACACCUGCUCAAGAGGUUUGAUGGACACGUUGACCAGAGACGUCAUUCGUUCCACAGCAGCAGUUCCAGGAAGAGACUCCAGUUUACGUCAGCAGAAAGAGAAGAUGACCAUCGGCAGCUAGAGUCCUGUGACAGUGCGAAGCCGCCUGAUGGAAGCUCCCAGCUGGGCUGGGAGGAGCAGGGGGCCUGUACUGGGUCUGACCAGCAGGACGCCUGUGAGGACUCAGCCCCCCUUCUCCCGGACAAACUGCACUCCCUGGCCGAGGCUGAGAAACUGUUUGACGAGCUGACACAGGAGAAACUGCAGAUUGAGGCAGCCCUGAGCCGGAUGCCUGUAGCAGGAGGCAGAGUCAGUCUACAGACCAGGUUAGAUGAGGUGGCCUUAGAGAAUCGUCUGGAGAGACUGAAUCGUGAGCUGGGACACAUCCGCAUGACUCUGAAGAGAUUCCAUGUCCUCCGCACCUCUGCCAACAUAUAGCAAUGUCUGUCUUUUUACAUUACACUGUAGAUGCUACACAGCACUGAUUGUCUUCUGUGCCACAAACCCAUCUGUACAGUAAUGCCACAGCAUCUUUUUAUAUGUAUUAUUACUCUGGGAUAUUUUUUAUAUGUCUGAAAGAUACUGCAAUAUUUGGAGUAUAUUUUUAGUAAGAUACAGAUUUGUAAAGUCAUUUACUUUUUUAGUCACUCAAAAAUAUUAAGAUGAUAUGUUUUACUUGCCAUAUUCAGGUGUAGAUUUUUAAAUCAGCUGUAUUUCAGUGUAAAUGUGAGACUUUCCAGCAGAGUCAUUCAUCCACCUGGGGCAUAUCACUGCCUUUUUUGUUCUGGUGUUUAUGGGAAAAAACAUGUUUUUCGUUUGACAUGGCAUAAAAUGUAUUUAUUGAAUGUUUUUAUACUUAAGAGAUUUUGAUUUUGGUGCAUUUUACAUGUUUUCUUUAUCUUUUAGAAGUAGGAGUUACUAUUUGUUUUGGGCCAAAUGGUUGAACUUGAAGGAAACAUUUGUUUACUUGAAUCAAAUUGCCUUUUUUCUUUUUUUACCUUCCAUGUCUACCUGUCACUGUUUUCCUUCUUGCUACAGGACAGGACCCUCCGGAUUACAGCCACUAGUAAAA